AUGCUUGACCAAAAUAGAGUUCUCUGUCCUGAACAAGUGUGUGGAGUUCAAGAUAGUUUCUGUUCCGUCUCCUUAGAAGCUGCUUGUAAUGAAUCAAUUUAUAUACUUUUUCCAAUGUUACCCUUUCUUCACGAAUACGCUGAAUUUGGAUUUUGGACAAGUACAAUUAAUAAUUUGCGUCCGUUUGAUAUUAUUCCUCUUCCUGACUUUAUUUGUUAUAAUGAAGAACGAUGUCUUUUCUUGGAAAAAGAUUUUACAUUAGAAAAUAAAUCAUGUUCAUAUCUCGAACAAUAUGAUUUAUUAGAUAUUAAUGACCUUAUCGAAUUAGUUCAUACAUGUUUGUCAAUUGAUAAGAGCGGUAAUAGCACAGAUUGUUUUCAUCCAUCGUUAUUCCAUUGUCCAAAUACAUCAAAAUGUAUUUCAAAACAUCGAAUACUCGAUGGAGUUUCUGAUUGUAUGAAUGAUGCAGAUGAAGUCGAAAUAGAUUCAUGCGAAUUUAAUGAUAAAUAUCGUUUUCACUGUUGGUCCGAAGAUAAAUGUCUCGCACCUGUUCUUAUACGAAACUUCCUGACAGAUUGUCGCCGUAAUGAAGAUGAAAUAUUUGACACAAGUCGAAAGUUUUCUUUUCAAAAUCUUUGUAAUGGAAUUACGCAAUUAUCAUCCAUAAUUAUCGAAGAUAAAGAAGAAACAGAUGAAACAAAUUGUGAACACUGGCCAUGUAAUAAUCAAUAUACUCAAUGUAAUGGUGCAUGGGAAUGUUCGAGUGGUCUCGACGAAGUUAAUUGUGAUGCAACAUCUCCAUGUUAUCCUAAUCAUCAUUUAUGUGUAUCACCGAUCGAUUUAGAAAUCAAAUGUUUACCAGUAAAUCAAGCUGGAGAUGGAAAAAUAGAUUGUCUUGGAUCAACCGAUGAAAGAGCUUUUUGUCGAAGAUACCGUUCAAAAGACCCUCAAUCUCGUUAUCGAUGUUGGAAUGAAAGUCGCUGUGCUUCAGUGGGUUGUUUCGGCUUGAUUAAUUGUCAAUAUGAAUGGAAACAUUUCGAUGCGGAAAUAUGCUGGCAAGAUCCACAAAUAAUGAAAAUAUUAAAAAGUCCUGCUUUAGAUGAAUAUAUGGGAACUAAUCGUCUUGGUCAAAGUGUUUAUUUUAUUUUAAGUAAUAUGAGUCGUUUUGGAUCAAAUAUAUGGUAUAAAAACUUCAGUUACAAUAAUGUAGAUACUUUCAUCGAUCAUAAUGAUUCGUCGUCAAAGAAAAAUUCUAGAAAUAUAACUUACUAUGAAGCAUGGAUUUGUAAUCGAGGUAUUCUAAUCUUUCUAGGACAAGAAAAAAUUCAACGUUGUCUUUGUCCUCCAAGUUAUUAUGGAAAUCGAUGUCAAUAUCAAAGUCAACGUGUAAGUUUAACUUUACAAUUUAGUAAAGAAUGUGCUCCUAGUUGUCGUGGAAUAUACACUAUCAUUAUAACUCUCAUUGAUAAUAAUUAUAUUAUUCAUUCAUACGAUCAAUUUACAUAUAUGUCUACAAGUAAUUGUGAUAUAAAACAUAAUAUCUACUUACUUUUUCAAAAUCGAUCAAAAAAUCUUGAAAAAAAUUAUACAAUUCACAUCGAUGCUUAUAAUAAAAUUGAUCUUCUUCAUUAUGUCAGUUGGAUAUUACCAAUAAAAUUUCUCUUUUUACCUGUCAAUCGUAUUUCUGCCCAUCUAACUCUGCCUUCUCAUCGAACAACGCAUACCGAUACUUGUCCAUUGAUUUGUAAUAAUCACGGUCGUUGCAGCACAUACUUCAAUAGAAAAGAAAACUUUUGUCUUUGUGAUUCUGGAUGGUCAGGUUUAAAUUGUUCAAUUCAAUUAAAUACAUGCGAUUGUUCAUCAAAUUCCAAAUGUCUUGGUGAAGUUAAUAAUCGAUCGAUCUGUUUAUGUUCAUAUCUGAAAUUUGGACCACGUUGUCUUCUUUCUUCAAUAUGUCAAAACAAUCCUUGUAAAAAUAAUGGACAAUGCAUAGCAGAUAACAAACAAAUAUCAAGAGAUGCGUUCAUAUGUGUUUGUACAAAUGGUUAUUCUGGUUCAACAUGUGAAAUAGAAGAUACUCGUAUAGAUAUUUCCUUUCAUGGUGUUGAUAUUCCUUCAUUUCUAUUAAUUCAUUUUAUAACUGUACAAACGAAUAAUCAUCCUUUAAUAACAACAAUAUCAAAGAAAAUUCGUUUUGAUGAAUAUAGUACAACAUUAUCUAUUUCAAUUCCAUUUAAUUUAAUAUUUAUACAACUUCAAAAUAAUUAUUAUCUUACUUUUCUUCAAAAUAAUAAUUCAUUGUCUCUUCAAAGAAUUUCACUUGAAAUGAAAUCAUUUCAAGAAUGUCCUUCUAUUCAUCAAUUAUUUGAUAAACAAAUACUUUUGUUUCAUAUAUUACGUCGAGCAAAAUUUUAUUAUAGGAUAUGUCGAGAAAAUCCUCAUUUAUCGUGCUUUUAUGAUCCCGAAGCAUUUAUAUGUUUAUGUAACAAUGAUAAUUUUUCGAAUUGUUUUUCAUUCGAUUUCAAUAAAACUUCUGUUUGUAAGGGACGAACAACAUGUGAAAAUGAUGGGCAAUGUCUUCAAGAUCGUGCAACAUGUCCACAAUCAACGAUGUGUAUAUGUUCCGAAUGUUUUUAUGGUGGAAAAUGUCAAUUUACAACGAAAGGUUUUAGUUUAUCAUUGAAUAUUAUUCUUGGAUAUCAUAUUCACUCACAUUUAUCAAUUAUUCAACAACCGCUUCCAGUUAAAAUUAGUAUUACAAUAACAACAUUAAUGUUUGUAAUUGGUUUGUUGAAUGGAUUUUUUUCUAUAAUAACAUUUUAUUCUCAACGUCUUCGUCAAACUGGUUGUGGAUUGUAUCUUCUUGUCUCAUCGAUAAUAUCAGUUUUUUGUUCGAUUAUCUUUGAAUUGAAAUUUUGGUUUUUAAUUCUUUUACAAAUGUCUUUAUUUACGAAUCGUACUUUUAUUCAUUUUGAUUGUAUUUUAAUGGAAUUUAUUCUUCAAUCUCUCAUAACAAUGAUCAAUUGGUUAAAUGCUUGUGUUGCUGUUGAAAGAGUUUUUAUUCUUUUGAAAGGGCCUUAUUUUAAUAAAAAGAAAAGUAAAAAAAUUGCAAAAUGGGUUAUUAUUGGAAUAAUGAUUUGUUCUUGUCUUAGUUUUCUACAUGAUGCAAUUCAUCGUGAAUUAAUUGAUGAUGAAGAAGAAUCACGAAUAUGGUGUAUUGUUCGUUAUUCUUCUAAGAUAAAAACAUUUGAUUCAUUUAUGAAUAUAUUUCAUUUUAUUUUACCAUUUUCUAUUAAUAUUAUUUCAACAGUAAUUAUCAUAAUAACUAUUGCUCGUAAUCGUUCGGCUAAACAAAAUAAAUUAAGUUAUAUUGAACAUUUACGUACACAAAUUGCUGAACAUAAACAUCAUAUUAUAAGUCCAUUUAUUUUAGUUCUUUUAACUAUACCACGUCUGAUUAUUUCGUUCUUUUCUGGUUGUAUGAAAUCAAUUCGAAAUCCAUGGUUAUUUUUAUUUGGCUAUUUCAUUUCUUUUAUACCACCUUUAUUAACAUUCGUUAUUUUUGUUUGGCCUUCGGAAACAUACAAAAAAGAAAUUAAGACAAUACUUCAACGACAAAGGAAUCGACUUUCGAGUCCAUAA